ACCAACAACAAAACCAUCAAAAUUUACAACCUCAGCUCAUAAACACAUUGUUUCUUCACCAUCACAAAUAUAGAAAUGGCCUCCAACACAACCGCACAUCAUUCUGGAAAUUCCUCAUUAAAAUUCACAAAGGAGGUGCAUGGAAUGAAGAUUUCACCUAGAAACCUCAACAUUGUAUGGGGCAACGACGACCGCUAUUGGAAAGUACACAAAAACAAUGAUUCGGCUGCGGCAGAGCUGAAUCAAGUGAGCUGGCUAGAGGUGACCGGAGGCGUGGAGGGGACGACGGCUGCGAAGAGCUACGAAGUAGGGUUUAGUGUGUCGUUGAAUGCAGAUGCAUUUGGAUGGGGAAAUUAUCCGAUUUACAUCAUGAUUAAGAGAGGGAAUGAAGAGAAUACUACGUGGACUAAAAUUCAGAUCAACCCUAAUCAAUUAGGGCAGUUUGAGAUUAAGGGGAAAUUGAUGAAAUCUAAUGAUCAAAUCGGAGGUUCGGACAGUGGGAAGCUGAGCUUCGGAUUGUACGAGGUUUGGAGUGGGAAGUGGAAGGGAGGUCUCAAGAUUCACCAUGCAUAUGUCAAGGAAUUUUGAUUUGAAUAGUAAUUUUUUUAAAUAUAUGAUUACUACUAGAUUUAUUUCAUUUAAUUUGAGGAUGUCUGUGUCUUCAUAUAGAGAUUGAUGAUUCUAUGUAGUUUUCUAAUGUCUAAUAAAAAAGUUGAUCAUUUUUUGUUAUCA